AUGCCGAAGCGCAAGCUGGCGCAGUCUGCCGCAGCAGCCGUGCAUCCUGACACAGCACCCACGGCAGUUACUCUGGGAACGGAUUUCUCAGGGCUCGACGGAGUAUGCUUCGCUCUGCAACGGCUCGGUGUACGGUUUGAGCAUGUGUUCAGCGCCGAGACGGACAAGGCAGCGCGGAAAUUCAUCAGGCAUGCUCACCAGCCACGCCUGCUGGAAGGAGAUGUCCGGUGCAGAGACUACGAUACCGAAGGCAAGGCUCCGCCCGCAGUGAAGCUUUAUGUCGCAGGACCCCCUUGUCAGCCCUUUAGUCCGGCUGGCGGGAGGGAUGGAUUCUCCGACGUCCGAGGCAUGCUGCUAUGGAAUGCAAUCGAUUACAUAGUGUCCCGACGUCCCGUGGCAGUUCUCCUAGAAAACACAGACAGACUGCAGUUGGAAGAGGGCCUCGAGGUGAUCUGCGGAAUCCUGACAGAUGCAGGAUACAGCUGGAAGUGGAUGAUUCUGAACACCAUGGACUACGGUGUGCCACAAAGCCGGAGACGGAUCUACCUCCAAGCCGUGCUGUCUGCGGAGCUUCGGCAACCCUUGAGAUUCCCCCCUCCGCUCUGCCAGAAAGACAUUGCGCCUCUCAGCACCUUCCUGACGAAGUCGAGCCCGCCGCCUGUUGCUGUCCUGCCGGAGCAUCAGGCACACGCGCGGCGGGUGCAGUCGGAGAUGGAGAAGCAUGCCGAGAGGGGCUUGAAUCCCUUUGAAACAGGUCUAUGCAUUGAUUGCGGUUCGUCAGAUAAGUGGGUUGGCAGCGCAGUGGAGCAUGCAAUGACCCUCACCAAAUCCCGGUGCCAGGACUUUGGCCAUUGGCUUACCAGCCAGGGCCGAUAUCUAGAUCUAGACGAUUACAGCAAACUUCAAGGCUACGACCCGGACAUGCUCGAUUUUGCCGGUGCAGGAGUCAAACGCACCCAGGGGGCGGCUAUGCUAGGAAACGCAAUGUCCCUCAACAUCCUGGAGUUUGUGCUGCCGGAACUGUUGCAUUCUGCAGGAUUGAUAAGCUCGAGCGAGUACGAGACUGCAAAAACCAGGGUCAAACGACGCUGGACUUAG